AUGGGUGCUUGGUAUUCCUACGGCGUUGCGUUUUUUGCCGCAAUCGGCACAUUUCUUUUUGGAUUCGAUACCGGUAUCGCGACGACGAGCGAAGCUGUCGGGGCGCUGACACAAACGGCGAUUGGUGAUAAACUGGGUCGCUUGCGGUUCAUGGAGUUGAUGUGUGUUAUCGUUACAAUUGGAACCGUUAUCCAAACGGCCUCGGUCAACAUCGGCAUGUUUCUCGCUGGUCGUGUACUGGCGGGUUAUGCUGUGGGGGGACUGGUAUCCACCGUACCGAUAUAUCUCAGUGAGAUCUCCGAUCCGCAAAUCCGCGGCCUAAUCGGCGGAAUCUCUGGCUGUGGUAUCUCCUUCGGCACUAUGGCAUCCAACUGGGUCGGGUACGCCUGCAGCUAUGCCCCCUAUGGUCCCGUGCAAUGGAGACUACCCCUGGGCAUACGGAUUCCCUGGGGUGUCGUCAUGUUUUUCGGGCUGAUCAGUUUCAUGCCUAAUUCGCCGCGCCAUCUGAUCCGAAGCGGGAAGGUCGAGCAGGCGCGCAGCGAGUUUAAGCGGAUCCGUAGGGACUUGCAGUCGGACGAGGUGCAUCGGGAAUUUGAGGUCAUGCUGGCCCAGAUUGAGUAUGAGAAAGAGAGGGAGACUACGUCGUAUCGCGAGAUUUUCAGGUUGUUUCGACAUCGGGUGCUGGUGUCGAUUGCCGUUCAGACGAUGACCAGUCUGACUGGUGUGAAUGUGAUUCAGUAUUACCAAACAAUUCUGUACAAGUCUCUGGGCAUAGGUUCCCACACCAUUCUAGCUCUAGCAGCAGUCUACGGCACCGUGGCAUUCCUCGUCAACAGUCUCACGACAAAGAUGCUUAUUUCCGGUCUUGCCGGCAUCAUCGUCGUCGAGAUUUACGCCGCCGUCAUGCAGCGGGUGUUCCAAAACACGGACAAUCGAGUCGGGAAAGGGUUCGCGAUUCUGGGAAUAUAUCUUUUCGUGGUGGCUUACUACGGCAUGCUUAACAGCACUACCUGGCUCUACGGUGCUGAAGUCCUGCCCAUCGCACUGCGCAGCAAAGUCAUGGGCCUGGCAGCAGCUUCACACUUUAUCGUGAACGUCGCGAUCACCGAAGCAGGCCCCAGCGCCUUCGCCAACAUCCACGAGAACUACUAUUAUGUAUUUGUGGCCUGUUCGCUCUUUUUCUUGAUCGUGGCGUACUUUUAUUUCCCGGAGACGAAGCGCAAGACACUCGAGGAGAUUGCGGCAUCAUUCGGCGACAAGGUGAUUGCGCCGGAGGAUCGAGGGGUGGAUGGUUAUGUUGAUGAGGAGGAUGAAGGGCAUGACGGAGACACGAAGCCUCGGGUGAGGGAGGUGGAGGGAUGA